UAUGCUUUUUCUAAAUCCGAACUUUGAAAAUUUGAUCGUCAGCAUCGGGAAAAUCAGCUAUGGGCAGUCAGAGGUUGGGCGGCGCCUGUCAAUUUCUUUUCGCCGUGUAAACCUCUAACAUUGUUGGAGUAGUAAGUAGGGGUGAAUUAUUAUAUAGAAGGUACUAUUACAUGUAGCAGCACCGACGAUUCCUUCAAGGAAAGGCCACUAUAUAGUACACUGUUAUUCAUUUUCGGCAUACUGUAUCUAUUACCAAUUUUUUUAGGUGCAAAUUCACAUGUGUCUUUUUGCAAAAUAUUACUGUUGGUGAACAUUAAAAAACAUCUUACAAACAAAAAAAGCAUUAGGGUAUGAUCAAUGCUACCGAUGUGAGACAAAAUCGAUUUAUUGAUAGAUAAGCUUGUAUAGCUGCUACACCGAUCAGUUUACAUUAAAGAUGUCUGGGUUUACACUUGUUUGAUUUUAGACAGAAAUGUAUGGUGAUUUGAUCGAUAUUGUUUGUAUCCCUAUAAAGGAGCUUAGCUUUAUAAAGGAAACUUAAUUAAAACCAACAUGCGAUCGACUCUUCAUCAGUCGAUACUAUACAACCAAUGAAAUUGAGUAGAGAAAUAGACCUGUAAUAUCACUGUUACGUUCGGGAUAUGUAACCAUACAGACACAAGGCGAUCGGGUGACAGUAGUACCUCGGGCAGUUCACAAUGUCAGCUCAAGGUUUGACAACCGUUGAACUGAACGGAUAUGAUGCUCUCUCCACUCCUUCUCCUCCGCACUUGGAUAUCGAGACGAUUGUGAUUGGUCCGCUCAAAAUAUGGCACUUGUCAGGGAUAGGACUUUUCCUCAUCUUUGUUAUCGUUGUAGUGGUGUGCUGCCGUAUGGAUGUUCGAGUGCCAAGGACCAGACAAUCAAUAGAAAACACAUACAGACGACGCAAGCUCCACGACAAGUACGGGGAGAAGUUCAUAGAUCUCUCUCCGCCCUCGUUAGAAAAGGUUUUGGUGAGAGAUUUAAUGCGUGACCACGCCUCUAAAGCAUCAACUUCCGGAGGAAGCAAACGUGGCAGGGCCAGUACGAGACAGCGGAUAAGUGACCUAUCACAACACAGUCCAGUCGCCGUCCAAUCAUCGUCAGUCGAGGACAGCGUUCCAUUAUCACGCGAUCCGACCAGAUGGCUUGGAGCCAUAAACAAAUUAGGUAACCAAAACAUCCCAAGGAAAAAUCAGGUUUUGAAGGCAUUGUCUUCAUUGAAGCCAGUAGAUACAACGUGACAAUGGUUCCUAAUCUCGUGUGUUAUCAUUUCAUUUAAUAAAAGACAAUCCCA